CAGCAAUUUAAACUUCAAUGUAUAGACUAUUAGAAAAUAAUCUGCUGUUCUUGAAUUAGCUCCAGAAUUUAUUGAUUUUUCGGUAUUGAAUUUUGUGUUUGCAUAUUGCGUCAUUACCAAAAACGUAAGUACAUUUAUUUCUUUAUCGAAUAUAAUAAUAAGUACAAAUGACGAUUAUUUUUACUUGCCGUUUAUUCAAUUGUAGAUUCACAUAAAAAAACUAACCAUUGUUACAUUGUAAUUUAGUAAAAUUUUCGAUUUUUGGUUGGUGUCCCCAAAUGGGGACAACGGGCACAUAGCAGUAGUAAUAGUUAUUGAUUUUUUUCAGGAAUUAUUUGCUAAUAGACAUGUCAAAGCGAGUGUUCACAAAGUCUAACGACUACAAGGGGCUAGAGGAUGCUCUCGCGGCAUUGGUAAGUGACUCUGAUGAUGGCGAGGAGUACGAAUUAGUCACUAUUCCACCUGAACCAAGCUGUCUUACCGAUGAAGAAGAGGGGGAUGAGGAUGAGCUCGUGCAAAAUAAUUUACCACGAGACGUUCCAGGACGAGUAGAGGUUUUCGUUCGUAAAAAUUUAGAUCACUCUCCGCAGUGGGAUGAGGAUGAUGAUGAGCCCUUGUCUACAUUACAAAGAAAGCGCCCACGUGUAGAAGAUCAAGAACCUCGUUGGCACAAGUGCCAACCAACCUAUGAUGUAUUUUAUGGUGCAGAAGGUGUUUCACAAAGACAGGAAAAUGUAAAAUCAGCAAUACGCAAUCUGAACCCUGUUCAAAUAUUUGAGAAAUUAUUUGAUGAUAAUAUUUUAGAAAUGAUUGUACAUAAUUCUGAGCUUUACUCUUCACAAAAUAACAGACACGAUUUUCAUACAACUUUCUAAUGCUAUGUCUCGUACUCGAUAUCUACAAAUAAAAAAGAACCUUCAUUUUUGCGAUAACAUUGCUUCCGAGGGUACUACUGAUAAAAUGUAUAAAGUUAGACCGCUGGCUGAUAUGCUACAAGAAAGAUUUUUGCAGUGGGGUACUUUUCAUGUAGACCUAUCAAUAGAUGAGUCCAUGAUAAAAUACUUCGGCCGUAAUCCAGCAAAACAGUUCAUAAAAGGCAAACCUGUUCGGUUUGGGUAUAAAAACUGGAUGUUGGCGAGUUCAUGUGGCUAUUGUUAUGUUUUCGACAUUUAUUGUGGCAAAUCUGCAAUUGCACCUAGCAAAGAACCUUUAGGCUCAAGAGUAGUCAAAACUCUUCUUGAGAAAUUGAAUACAGACCCAACGGAUCACAUAACCUACUUUGACAAUUACUUUACAAGCCACGGGUUACUCAAGGA